AUGCCGCCGAGCUCAAAGGCCGUCUUGGCCGUGUCGCUGACGUGGACCACAGCCGUGCUGGGCCUCAGCGGCCCGCGACCAAGCAGCACCGCGUCACUGCUGCAGACGAGCGGCAGCUCCAGCGCGGGCGGCCUCGGCGAGGGCGCAGCGGCCCUGCAGGCCGGGGAGAGGCCCGACGAGCUCGGGCUGGCAGACUGGCCCCGGAGGUCGCGCCGCCGAGACGAGGGCGCGAAGAAGAACGUGGUGCAGAUGCUGAACUACGGGGACGUGCAGUACGUCACGUACCUGAGCGUGGGCGGCCAGACCAUCUGUCACCGGCGUAGUCGACACGGGCUCCUUCGAGCUGGUGGUGUUCUCGCACCUCUGCGGCUCGUGCGGUCUGGCGGGCAAGUACGACCCGCUGCAGAGCUCCAGCUACACGUCGGGUAA